GGUUAUGCCAACUUGUCGCAGCAACGCUCUUCACUGGUGUAUUGCUCCAUUACCGGUUACGGCCAAACUGGUCCAGCCAAAAACAAACCUGGCUAUGACUACGCCGUGCAGGGCCAAGGCGGCUUGAUGGGCGUUACGGGUUUGGCCGCCCAGCAAGGCGGCGAGCCAGUGAAAGUGGGGGUGGCUGUGACGGAUAUUAUGACCGGUUUGUACGCCAGCACAGCCAUUUUAGCGGCGGUUUACCAUGCCAUGCGCACUGGGCAAGGCCAAUACAUAGAUUUGGCGCUUUUGGAUGUGCAGGUGGCUGCUUUGGCCAAUGUGGGCAGCAAUUACUUGGUGCAUGGCCAAUACCAAAACCCGCCGCAAAUUCCGCAGCGCAUGGGCAAUGCGCACCCCAACAUCGUUCCUUAUCAAACUUUUGCCGUUGCGCCCUCUAACGAGGCAGAAAACGACUUUGUCAUUUUGGCUGUGGGUAACGAUAGCCAAUUCGCAGCUUUUUGUCAGGUAGCAGGCCAGCCCCAGUGGGCUAGCGAUCCGCGAUUUUCCACCAAUGCCCAGCGCGUGGCAAAUCGCGAGUUGCUGGUCGCGCAAAUUGCCCCGUGUAUGCUACAGCGCAGCAAAGCCCAGUGGUUAGCGCAGCUGGAAAAUGCGGGCGUUCCUUGCGCGCCUAUCAAUCGUUUGGAUGAGGUGUUUGCCGAUGCGCAAGUUCAGGCACGCGAAUUGUUGCAGCACUGGAAUCACCCCUUAAACCCCGAACUCGCGCUCACAGCCAGUCCCAUACGUCUGAGCGCUACUCCCGUACAAAAAUUGCGCCCUCCUCCCUUACUCGGAGAGCAUACCAGCGAAAUCUUGCAAGACUGGCUAGCGCUCACGCCAGAGCAACUCCAAACCCUUAAAACCCAAGGUGCGUUGGGCUAG